CGCUGGGGUGGCGGGAUGCUCUCCAUGACGUACAGCGAGAGCCUGCGCAGCGUGGCCAGCCGGCACCCUCCCGAGUGGGGGCUGCCACCGGCCCCCCGGCCGGCGGAUGGGCUGGAGCUGCGGCGGCUGCGGGAUGUGCGGGUGGCAGCACGGGCAAAGACGCUGGAGGAGUUCCUGCGGAUGCACGGGCUCUCCCUGGCCGACAGCACCGCCCGCACCACUGGCAUGAAGUACAGGAACCUCGGGAAGUCUGGGCUGCGCGUGUCCUGCCUGGGCCUGGGGACGUGGGUGACUUUUGGAGGGCAAAUCACAGAUGAGAUGGCGGAGCAGCUGAUGACUUUAGCCUACGACAACGGCAUUAAUCUCUUUGACACAGCAGAAGUCUACGCUGCCGGCAAGGCUGAGGUGGUGCUGGGGAACAUCAUCAAGAAGAAAGGGUGGAGACGGUCCAGCCUGGUCAUCACCACCAAAAUCUUCUGGGGAGGAAAGGCUGAGACGGAGAGGGGCUUGUCCCGAAAACACAUCAUAGAAGGUCUGAAGGCAUCGCUGGAGCGGCUGCAGCUGGAGUAUGUGGACGUGGUGUUUGCCAACCGGCCUGACCCCAACACGCCGAUGGAAGGGGUCCCAUUUAGUUCCUCCAAGUCCAGGACUUUCAUCGUAGAAGAGACGGUGCGAGCCAUGACCCACGUCAUCAACCAGGGGAUGGCCAUGUACUGGGGGACCUCGCGCUGGAGCUCCAUGGAGAUCAUGGAGGCAUACUCGGUGGCCCGGCAGUUCAACCUCAUCCCACCGAUCUGCGAGCAGGCCGAGUACCACAUGUUCCAGCGGGAGAAGGUAGAGGUGCAGCUCCCUGAGCUCUUCCACAAGAUAGGUGUUGGAGCCAUGACCUGGUCCCCACUGGCUUGCGGCAUUGUCUCAGGGAAGUACGACGGGGGGAUCCCCCCCUACUCGCGCGCCUCACUGAAGGGAUACCAGUGGCUGAAGGACAAGAUCCUGAGUGAGGAGGGCCGGCGGCAGCAGGCAAAGCUGAAGGAGCUGCAGGCCAUCGCCGAGCGCCUGGGCUGCACCCUGCCCCAGCUCGCCAUCGCCUGGUGCCUGCGCAACGAGGGCGUCAGCUCCGUCUUGCUGGGUGCCUCCAACGCCGACCAGCUGAUGGAGAACAUUGGAGCAAUACAGGUCCUUCCGAAGCUGUCGUCUUCCAUCAUCCACGAGAUCGAUAGCAUCCUGGGCAACAAACCCUACAGCAAGAAGGACUACAGAUCCUAAACGCGCACCCAAGUGCGCUGCCCGCCGCGCAGCCCUCGCCGCCCGUUCGCUUGCUUACGCUUUGUUGGAGCAAAGUGGAGAGUGUGGUUUGCACCACGAGCGCCGCGAGCCAGUGCUCCCACCCGCGCUGCCCUGGACCAUCGUACCACUUCCACCCGGCGUGGCUCUGGAGCACAGGGAUGGCCGCUGGCGGGGAGCGCAUGGGGGCAAGCCCCGAGCUGCCCGGCCACCCUGCCCGCAGCCCAAGUUGCCGCGGGUGCCACCGGCGCGGCACAGGACCCGUUGCAUGCGUCGCUCCCGCCCCCUGUGUUACUGGAGGUGGUGGGCGCGGGGGUGCGAGCGGGUGCUGUACACCCACGAGGUCAACAACACGAAGCUGUUCCCCA